GCUUGAACCUAUCCUUCAGUCUGCGAUGGCACGGCGGCAGCCGUCCACGACAUCUCUCUCAAAAUAUGCACGUUCCGGCUCUCCCAUCAUCGUUGAACAAGACCGCGCGCUCGACUUCUGCAAUGCGUUCUGGGGCCUUGGCGAUGGCGGUGUCGACGUCUUAUUCGCGCGGAUGCGCGGGGCGUCGCGUACAACCGACGAACUGAGGAACUUCUGGAAGGAGAGAGCCUCGAUCGAGGAGGACUACGCGAAGCGACUUGCCAAGCUGGCAAAGGGGACACUCGGGCGCGACGAGAUUGGCGAGCUGCGGAACUCCCUGGAUACCAUCCGCACCGAGACCGAGCGCCAGGCGGGCUACCACCUCCAGCUCGCGCAGCAGAUCCGCACCGACCUCGAGGGCUCGAGCGCGGACUUCUACGCGCGGCAGGUCCAGCACAAGAAGACUUAUCAAGCCAUGAUCGAGAAGCAGUUCCGCCAGAAGCAGGAGCAGGAGGCCCGGGUCAUGAAGGCGCGCGAGAAGUACGAGGCCGAUUGCCUGCUCAUCAACUCGUACACGGCGCAGUCGACGCUCGUCCAGGGGCGCGACCUCGACAAGAUCACGUCGCGGCUCGAGCGCGCGCAGCGGACGGUGCAGGCGAACGAGCGCGAUUUCGCGAACUUUGCGAAGACGCUGCAGACGACGGCGGCGAAGUGGGAGCAAGACUGGAAGGACUUCUGCGACUCGUGUCAGGAUCUCGAGGAGGACCGAUUGGAUUUCAUGCGCGACAAUAUGUGGGCUUAUGCUAAUGCCGUCUCUACCGUCUGCGUUACCGACGACGAGUCCUGCGAAAAGAUGCGUCUUUCCCUGGAGCAAAUGGAGACCGAGAAGGAGAUGGAGAAUUUCGUACUCGACUACGGUACUGGCAACCGGAUACCCGAUCCUCCUGCGUUCGUCGACUAUAACAAACCCGACGCAAUCCCCUCGGCGAGCUCUCGGCCAACAGCUCGCCCGGCACACUUCACGCGCACGACUCAGCGACGUAAUCAAGGUCCUACGCCUGCUCUAGCUCAACCUCCCCCGCCUCAGCCCGAUCCCGAGCCUGCAACGAAUGUCGCUGGCGUCGGCGCAGGUGGCCCUGCUCGCAGCCGCCCUACCAGCAUCGUCAACGGGGUACCGAGCAGCAGUCCUAGUGCGGCUCCAGCCCAACAAGCCAUGUCGCGCAGGCAGUCAUACCGCCGUCCUCCUCCGGAUGCUGGUCGGGUUGAAUCUCCGGAAGCGAUGUCGGAGAGACAGCCGCCGCCUCAGCAGCAACAACAACAGCAGCAUCGCGCCAAUGGCAGCAUGUCUGCCGCGGCCUCGCCAUCAAACGUCAAGCCUGGUAGUGCUGUCGACCCGCUGCUCCAGCAUAUGGAGGAGCUGAAGAACAGUGGCGCGUCUGUGCGUCGUAGUACCACGUCGGCUCGCACGGGUCGGAGCCCGCAGCCGACCACAAACCCGCCCUCGCGCCGUGGCACGCAGGAAGCCCAGCAGGCUAGGCAGUCAAUGAACCUAUCUCCUCAUGGCGACGGGCCUGCUCGGGACUACCAGAGUUCGGCGGACAUGGUCGUCGGAUCGCACCCAUCCUCUCGCCCGAGCUCGCCUGCGAAUCCUCCAGCUGCGGGUCCGCCGACAGCCGCCUUUAUGCGCCCGACUCGCGCGGUCUCUCCUGCAGGGUCUGAUCAUAUCGAGACGGUUCUGAAUGAUUACCACCAGAGCCUACCCGGUGAGCGCAAGAGCGCCAGCCGCCGCGGGAGCUUUGCUGCACCGUCUCCUUCGAAUGCGCACAUCGCCUCUCCGUCGAACGCUCACAUGGCGACGCAGAGCGAGGCGCAGAACUUGCACCGUCCGCCAAGCGUGGGUCAUGCUGGUAUCGGUGCUCACGGCGGAGGUUCUCGUUCUGCGAGCCCUCAGCCCAUCUCUCGGUCUGCGAGUCCCAAUCGGCAAAGCUACAUUCAGCCUCCUGGCCAGGCGAACCAGAAUCUCGCGCGGCAGCCCAGCAUGGCGCAGCGCGCGACGAGCCCGAACAAUGUUGGCAUUGCGCUCGACGCCAGUGGACGCGUUUUGCAUGACGAAAUGGCGCAGCGAUAUCAGCAGCAGCAACAGCAACAGCGGCCACCGACGCAGCCGCCUCCACAACAGCAGCCGGCGUAUGGCGGGCCUCAGCGUCGUACGAGCUACCUCGCAAAUCAAGGAUAUGGCAUGUAUCCUCCGCAGGGGCCGCCACAAGCGGUGCAGCCGCCUCCUCCGCCCACGCAACCCCCUCCACCGGCACCUCCGGUGGCGCAGCCACCGCCGCCCCCAGUGCAGGCGCCUCCUCCAGCGCCUUACGUCCCUGCGCAGACACCGUCGUAUGCCGCGCAACCUGCCUAUCAACCAGGCUUUGGUGCUCCUCCACCUCAGCAACAGCCACCGCCUCAGCAGGUACCUUACACCGCUCCUCAGCCUCAGGGCUACGGGCAGCCGGCCUAUCCAGCUGCGAACCAACCGCCGGCGUUCGGUGCGCCCCCACCGCAACAGCCAGCAGGGUAUGGACCGGGGUACGGCGCCGUGAACAAUGUGAACGGCGUGCAGCGCAAUGGAUACGGCGCACCUGCAGCGGGUGGAGGAUACUACGGACAGCAGCCUCCAGCAGGAUACAAAAAUCAGCCAGCGGCUGGGUAUGGACAAUUCCAACAGCCGAUGCAUCGCUCGCCGUCGCCGCAGCCCGUGCGUCAAGCGCCGGCUCCAGCACCGCAACCCCAGGGAGUAGCGCCACCCACUGGGCAAAUGACGGAAGAUGGGCGGGGAAUUCUGUUCUAUGUAAAGGCGUUGUACGACUACACUGCGACUAUCGACGAGGAGUUCGACUUUCAGGCGGGCGAUAUCAUCGCUGUCACCGCGACGCCAGAGGACGGUUGGUGGAGCGGUGAGCUGCUGGAUGAAGACCGACGUCAGCGUGGGCGGCAUGUCUUCCCCAGCAACUUCGUAUGCUUGUUCUGAGGGCAUGGCGAUCUAAUUUCCGAGCUUGUUUGUGUAUACUCAUCUCUGUAGGCUUGCUAGCUGCUCCAUCUGUAUCCAACUUGACCUAUACCACUAUCCUUGACUCCUGCUGCUCGUAACGAUGACCAUGCGCUCAUGUACCCACAGCUUCUGUGUAUGCAUUCCAGCGCUGGGAGAGGCAUGAGAGCAAACCCCUGCUUUUACGCGGUGAAUC